AUGGAAUCCCUCCAUAAACUGAUUAAGAUUCGUGGAGCAAACCGAUCCGUGGCAACGAAAUUAGAACGAGAAGCACUUGAGCUGCUCAGCGAACCUGGAGAGCCCCGAGACGAUGAACGGAUUUGUCGAUUAGAAACGAUUUUGGAAUUAUUGGACUCGAAAUUGAAGGAAUUGAAGUUAUUUGACGGACAAAUUAUCGAUGUAUUGGAAGAAGAAGAAAAGAUUGAUAGCGAAGUAACGGAAGCAAACGAAUAUGAAUUUCGCAUCUCUAAUGCCAUACGAAAGAUCAAGCGAAAACUGCAUCCACCAAACCCAUUUUCCCCGGCAACUAGUACAAGAAUUAGAAGACAAUUACCAACAACACCACCGAGCGUGAGAAGGCUUUCUUUACUUAGAACUACACCAAUAACACCAGCCAAUCCUUCCAGUGAUGAACACGACGGAAAUGGAAAUAAUUCCCUUCAAAGUGGAAGUUCGUCUUCGUCGCAUGGAAAUUCAAAUUCGAAACUGCCAAAGUUGCAAUUACCGAGAUUCAGUGGCGAUAUUGUGAAUUUUUUCAGUUUCUGGGAGAGUUUUAAUGCAGCUGUUCACGAGAAUACGAACAUCCCAACGAUAACGAAAUUUAGUUACCUGAAAUCAUACUUGGAUGGACAAGCGGCGAGAGCUAUAGAAGGACUGCCUAUGACCGAAGCAAACUAUGAAAAUGCCCUGCUGAUACUUCAGGAUAGGUUCGGAAAAAAGCAGAAGAUCAUUUCGAAACAUAUGGACGAACUUUUGAAGUUACCAGUUUGUCAAAACGAUAAACCAGCGCAACUAAGAUAUGUGUACGAUACAAUUAACGUACAUGUACGCGGAUUACAGUCAUUAGGAAUCAGUUCGGAUCAGUACGGAAGCCUGUUGAUUCCCGUUAUAAUGUCGAGGGUUCCGAAGGAUAUUUCCCUGCAAAUUGCGAGGCAUACUUCGAAAGAAAUCUGGUCGAUUUCAGAGCUUCUUAUGAUUAUUAAGCAUGAAGUGGAAGCUCGAGAAAUGCGUGACUACAUUCACAUCGCCGACAAUAAGGCACCGAUAACAACGACAAAAAUCCGAGCAACUGGGAACAUGGGUACGACGCCAUGUCGUAAAACAUGCCCAAGUGCAAAAUUUUGCAGUUUUUGCAGAGGAAAACAUCACUCAAGCAUCUGUGAAAGGAAGAGUAAUAAUAGCGGAGCAGAGUCAAUGCCACCUAAUGUUACUGCGAUAUCAAAAGAAAAGAAAUCGACGCAUGUUUUAUUGCAAACUGCAAAGGCAACAGCAGUAAACCCGAGCACCGGAGAAAAAUGCUCCAUUCGCAUUUUGUUCGACAAUGGCAGUCAGAGAAGCUAUGUGACCGAAGAUGUGGUGAAGAAAUUACAACUGAAAACGGAGAUGAAAGAAACCUUGAACUUGAACACUUUCGGUAGCGCUGAGUAUAAAAGUAAGAACUGCAAAUUGGUAAGUUUCCAGAUUGAAUUAAAUGACGGACAGUUAGCUGUUGUUAAUGCACUUUCGUACCCAGAAUUAUGUUCUCCGCUCCCCACCCUUGUAGAAGUAAAUUCUUUCCCUCAUCUACAGGGUUUAGAAUUGGCAGAUGAGGUUGACAUAGGAAGUAAUGAUCAUAUCAAUGUUUUGAUAGGAGCUGACCAAUAUCAUAGUAUCGUAGUGGGGGAUGUAAUUAGAGGAGAAAACGGUCCCGUAGCUGUUAAGAGUAAACUAGGUUGGGUGUUGUCGGGAAAAUUAGAGUCGUCGAAAAUCUCUCAGGAUAAUUUUACGUCGGCAAAUUUAUGUAUUGAGAACCCAAGGCUUACCGAAUCGGAUAAGGAUAAAGAAUUAGUUGAUACACUGAAAGCCUUUUGGGAAGUAGAAAAUACCGGGUUAGAUUGUAACAAGUUAGUUGAUAGUAACGAAACGGAUAAAUUUUGUGACAUAAGGGUACAAGGAGAUCGUUACGAAGUAGGAUUACCAUGGAAACCGACGGAGCCAAAAAAUAUGGUAAAUAAUUUUGAGCAGUGCAAGACUCGGUUGAACUCGUUACAUUCUCGUUUGAUUAAGGAUCCCGAACUGAUGCGAGAGUACGAUGGUAUAUUUAAGGAGCAACUCGCUCAAGGUAUAAUCGAAAAGGUGCCCUCUUCGGAAUUAGAUAAUGACAACGUUAGAUUUAUGCCACAUUUUGGAGUUAUUCGCAAGGACAGAGUUACGAGUAAGGUCAGGGUAGUUUUUGAUGCGAGUGCAAAAAUGGAAACCGAGAAUUUGUCGUUAAACGAUCGUUUAGAACGAGGGCCUAAUUUGAUUCUGAUGUUGUUUGAUGUUCUAGUUAAGUUUCGAACUAAGGUCAUUGCACUUACUGCUGAUAUCGAGAAAGCCUUUCUUCAGAUAGGUAUUAAACAGGAGGACCGUGAUUUUCUCAGGUUUUUGUGGUAUGAUGAGCCACAGUCUGCAAAUCGCUCGAUUGUCCAGCUGCGUUAUGCGCGUUUGCCCUUUGGCCUACGGCCGUCUCCUGCUGUUUUGGGAAGUGUUUUGUUGCAACAUGUGUCAUCAUACCAAGAGAAAAACCCUGAGAUUGUCAAGGUACUCAAGGGUUUAUUUGUUGACGAUCUGUCAACAGGUGGAGAGACAGUAGACAAGGCUUACGAAAUUUAUCAACAGUCAAAACAGGUAAUGAGGGAAGGAAAUUUUAACCUUCGUAAAUGGAAUUCGAAUUCGCAGGAGUUAAUAGAACGCAUCCGAAAAUCUGAAGGUCAAGCAACAACCGGGGGGUCAGACCCAAAGUUAGGCGAAGAGGAUCAGUCUUACGUACAAUCGUGUAUAGGUCUUAGUGCAGAUAAUGAAACUGUGAAAAUAUUAGGGUUGCACUGGAACUCCUCGUCGGAUGAAAUCUGUUAUGAUUUUACGGAGAUUACGCAAUUAGCUAAAACACUUCCAGCAACUAAACGUUCACUGCUAAGAUUAACCGCUAAAAUAUUCGAUCCGUUAGGAAUUUUGAGCGUAUUUACGGUUAGAAUGAAGGCCAUGUUUCAAUCGUUAUGUUUACAGAAAGUAGCUUGGGAUGAGGAAUUACAGGGAAGUGCUAGGUUAGAAUUUAAUGCAUUUCUUUCCAAGCUACAACAGUUAAGUAAGGUUAGAAUACCAAGGUGUCUUAUCAACGGGUUGAGUGUACGCUCAUAUCAGAUUCACGGCUUCUCGGACGCUAGCGAGCAAGCCUAUGCUUGUGUCGUUUAUUUGCGCACAGAAUAUGAAAACGGAGAGGUAGAUUGUAGAAUUAUUGCGUCGAAAGCAAGAGUAGCACCCAUCAAACAGGUAACUAUCCCGAAAUUAGAGUUGAUGGGGGCCCUGUUAUUAGCAGAGUUGAUGGAUACAAUUCGUACUGUUUUGCUUGAAGAAUUAGAUCCGGCGAAAAUCACAAGUUUUUAUUGGGUGGAUUCCUUAGUAGCACUCUGCUGGAUAAAAAACAGUAAGCCCUGGAAACAGUUUGUAAGGAACCGGGUCCACAAAAUUCUAGAACUAACAGACAGGUCAGAAUGGAAGUUUUGUCCAGGUGUCUUAAACCCAGCAGAUUUACCCUCGCGCGGGCUUUGCGGAAAGGACCUUUCAAGGAAUGUGUUUUGGUUUGAAGGUCCCGAGUUCUUGAAGCAAAGAAUUGAAUUGUGGCCAUCCAUUGAUAUAACUGACAAGGAAGCCCACGAAAUUGCCUUGAAGGAGGAAGCCAACAAUUCUCACAUGAUAACACACACGUUGUCUAGUUCGACGGAUGUUUUGAGUAUACAGAAUUUAGUAAACAUAGAACGAUUUGGGAGUAAACGUAAGCUUCUUGGCACCCUGGCUUGGGUUUUCAGAUUCGUAGGAAACUGUAAGGCAUCGUUAACUAACCAAACCCCCGAUUUAAAUGAGGAGUUAAGAAACGAAGAAAUUGAACGAGCAGAAUACAAAUUGUUAAGUUACAUUCAAAGAGAAGAAUUUUCAGAAGAGUAUGAAUAUUUGCGUGGUAAAAUGGUAACCAAGCCUCCUUUAAAAGUUAAGCAAUUCAAUUUGUUUUUAGAUAACAACGGCGUUAUAAGAGCGAGAUCUCGGAUAACCAACGCUUCUGUUCCAGAUUCUACGAAAACGCCAAUUUUGUUACGUCCCUAUAACUGGUAUUCAAAAUUUUGUGCUCGUAGAGGAUUGCCGCGUAAAUUAUAUAGCGACAACGCUAAGACGUUUAAGGCUGCUUCUAAAGAGGUAAAGCAGAUUCUUAAUUCGAAAAACGUGAAAAGCAUGAUCGUAGAUAAAGGCGUCGAUUGGGAAUUCAUAGUACCAAAAAGCCCAUAG